AUGGAGAAAAUAAAGCUGAAUACAACAAGAUCUUAACUAAAAUCACAAUAAGACUAUUACUAAGCUGACAAAACAUUUGAUGAUAAUCAUAAUUCUUCAAAAUUUGAGCUAGCCAUUGACAAGCUUAGACAUCCAAGAAGAAAACUUACAGAUUUUAGCUAUGAUCCUAACCUUUCUAGCUCUAAAUUUACUUUUUAAUCAAUAGUGCCUCAAUCACAGAAGUCUAUUCUUAAUGAAUCAUCUUCAAAUCACUCUGAGAUUUAUAGUCAACAAACAUCCAGAAACAAGGCAGUUUUACCACCUAUUCUGGAUAAACUGAACAAGGCUGAAAAAGAGAAUUUGAGUAUCAUGUCGAAAUCCAGAGAGAACUUCGCUCACUCAAAAUAGCCUUCCCAAAUAGUUACUCUAAAAGAAAAAAUCUAGAAAAUCCAAAGAAAAAGAAGCAAGAUUUAGAGAGAGCCAUCAAGACUGCUUGAUGAUAUAUACAGCAAGAAUCCACUUCAAGCUAAGGAAUCAGAUCACAAGAUUGUAGCUGAGUAUCUUAUGAAGCAUGUACAAUUCUUCCAAAAUAUGGAAAAGAGCUUAAUAAGGUAAUUGGCAGGUAAACUAGAAUAAAGAAUAUACGAGAAGGACGAGAAGAUAAUAAUCAAAGGAGAAGAAGCCCACGAGAUGUUCAUUCUAUAUUCAGGGGAUGUUGGGAUUUACUUAGAUUAAGAAUGCUAAAAAUGCGUAGCUACAUUAUAAAGUGAUAAAGUUUUUGGAGAAGCAGCACUCGAAAAAAAUGACAAGAGAGGAGCCACAGUCAUUGCUCAUAGUGUAGUAAAAGUUCUAGUCCUUAGAAAAAUCUUUUACAGGAACAUAGUCUAGAAUUAAAAGUAGCUCGAAAAGUUUAAAAAUUUGGAAUUCUUACAAACUAUUUAGCCAUUCAAAGAUUGGAAUCUGAUCAAAGUUCAGGAGCUAAAUAAUAAGCUAAAUACUUUGGCUUUAAAACCUGGCGAUAAUUUAUUUUAGUAAGGUGAUCAGGCCGAGGUGUUGUAUAUUGUAAAGGACGGUAUCCUGAACAUAUCAAGUAACAUCGGAAUUAUUUAGUAUAAAUCUCAUCCCAAGUCUUUGUAAGAAUGGGAGGUAAACAAGAUUUAGAGGAAUGUUAACUGUUUUAUCAAGAAAGCUUAGCCUGGUGAUUUACUGGGUCUAAAUGAAUUAAUGAGCUAAAUACAAUUGAGAGAGUCCUCAGCCUUAUGUGAAAUAGAUUCAGAGAUUUUGUAUAUUAAUAAAGAUGAUUUUCUGAAAAUUAUUGAGAAAAGAGAAAUUUAAGAUAUUGAAGAUAAGAGUUUAUUAAUGAAGAUUGACCCAGUUAAAUUAGCUAAAGAGUACAUGAAUUAACUGGCUGCGGAUAAAAUGAAGAAGGAUAUUAUGAUAGGGGCUGUUAAGCUUAAUGAUUAGAGUAAUAAUAAUCGUAAACUGCUAGGAUCGAUUUCAAAUAGAGCUAAUCUCUCUUAGGAAAGGUAAAUACUAGAAAAGGAAAAAAUAAUAAAGCGAACAAGAUAGUCUAAUUUCAAGUUAAUAGCUAGCAAAAAACAAGUGCUCUUGAUUGAUCAAAAUCAGUAUAAAGACUUCCAAAAUAUCAAAGAGUCACCAUUAGAUAAAAGAGUUAAACUUCUACAUCUCAUUGAAUCUUUAAGAGAUAAAUUAUUUGAUUGA